UUUACUCAUAUAAGCCACGCCCCUCACUUCGGAGCCACGCCCUGCUCUGAGGUUAGUUAUGAAGGGUCGAGCCCGCCGCGUCCUUCUGGCCGAUUUGGCCAAGAUAAAGGAGUCAAAGUUUGAUCCAGUCUGGUUAGCAGAGGAGCUGUUUGCGGCUGGAAUCGUUGGAGAGGAGGAAAGAGUAGCUGCUAAGGAUGAAACGGUUUCCAAAGAGCACCGACGGGACGAGCUGCUAGACUUGGUUAUGGGGAACGGAGGGGAGAGCGUGUUCCAGACCUUCGUGAAUAUAUUUUCCAGCAAACGGCACAUGCACUGGCUUGCUAUGGAUCUAAAAGAUGAGUUCCUGAGGCAAGGAGGAGUGUGGAUGAAGGAAGAGCCAGUCAGGAUAUCUGAUGAUAUACCAGAGCCUGGUGCAGUAACCCAAACUAUUACACCUGCUGGUGACUCUUUGGUUGUCCUAGAUAAGAGGCUAAACAAAGAUGAUGCCGUUGACAUUGUUCGACAAUUACUUGAUGUACAGAACAAGGCAAAAACUUUAGGUCGGCUUUUAAAAUUACCUAGAGCCAUUAUAGAGGUAACCCCUCAGCUGACCGGUGAUCCUCAGGCUCCUCUUUUCUAUAUCAUUGAUGAGUUUCUGAAACAAGUUGAUCCCAGACCAACGUGGAGGCUGAUCCUGAAUGCCCUCAGAGAUCCGCUAAUUGGGGAACAUAGCCUGGCUCAGGAGAUAGAAAUGUCUCUAACAACGGACAUAACUUCUCCCAGUCUUCCUGCAGCUUCUCUUUCCCAGUCCUCAUUUCCUACUUCAGUCCCCAACUCCACUUCCCCUACUGAUGUGCUCCAAUCCACUACUGCUGCUGCUGCACCCCUUCCAGCAUUAACUGCAGACUCCCAGUCAUUAUCAGUUUCACAGUCUAUCUCGACCGUUUCAGUCUCCAGGUCUAAGUUACCAGGAACAGGCUCUAGCUCUCCUGGAGAUUCCACUCAAUGGACAAAGAGAGACUCUCGCCCCACUCAUCAAGCCGUAAGACAUAGAUCCCAGGAAAUGGCUAAACCUGCUCAGACUCAUUUUAGAGCUCUCAGUCCUGCCUCCACUAGUGUGGUCCAUAAGUCAAGGUCACGGGGACCAAGUUCUGGGUCUCUUACAAAGAAAGUUCAUUACUCAACAAAGGGGACUGCCUCCCAGAAGUUAACAGCAGUUGUGGCAAAGCCUCAACCAAGUGGACAUCGUUCUCAAGAAAAAGCAACCUUAGGUGCUGUUGGUGGUCACUCUUCUAUGGCUGAAACACAGCAUAGCACUAAACAUAAAAACACCAGUGGACAGCAGAGCUCCAGUGUAGUAUCUAGAACUACACAUGGCAUCAAAGCUGUUAGUGCAUCAAGAACACGGAAAGUGGAGGCUCUGCAGUUUUUCCUCAUCUUUACCCACUGCAGUCGCUCCCACUGCAUCAGACAUGCCACUGUCUGUGACUUACAGUUGUGAUAUGGCUGAAGUACAAAGUAAUAUGCAAAGGCUUCAUGCGAGGUUUGAGGAUUUGCAGAAUGCAGUUAUAAUGUCAUUGGUUCGAAAUGGAGUUCCAGUUUCACAUUUUGUUCGUGAACUUUCAAUGCUCCGAGCAUCAAAUGUAGUCGAACAUGAAAACUACUUUUCUGAAGACGUUAGGGAAUUUGGCAAAUGUGUGAAGUACCGUCCCUUAUUUUCCCAUCUCAGUCCUCACUGCCACUUUCUCUCACCUCAUUUGCUCUAUCAUCUCAUUCGAAAGUUUCUAAAGGCUUUUAAAGAAAUGGUGUCUUAUGACACAUAUCUUAGCCAAUUUAGGAAUGAGACUCUCUUGGGGUUGUUUGCUCAGAUAAAGCAUCUACGUAUUCCACUGCCAGAAGGUUUCUCCAGUAUCCUCGUACAUUUUAAAGGUGACGUUUCGAAAGAUAUGACAUUAGGCAACGUAGAUGUUUUCAGGAAAAAGUACUUGAAACAUCACAAGCUGUGUGAUUAUACACUCGUGCUAGUAACCAAUGAUAUGAUGCUGCCAUCAAGUGCUUCAUUUUCAGUUCCCAAUUCUGUCACCGAGAGACUGAAAAAUGACAUUCCUAUUCAACUUUUGAAAGAAUUCGGUGUCAUUAAGUUUGAAAUCGCUGGAACUCCAAUGUACGGUGAGGCGGGUAUGACUGUCUCAGGAGUACCUCCUUCAGCCAACGAUCAUCUUACUAUUGCUGCACCCCUAACUCCAGGUAAGACGGCAAAUUCGAGUGUCUUAGAAAAAGAGGAGGUAGAAGGCGCGGCACACGUAGUUGGACAAGCUGCCACACCCUCUCCAGGGGUCACUAUCUCCAGGGCUGUAGUAGAGACUGAGGAACGUCAGUUACGGUCCUCUCAGGCUCCUCCCAGUGUUCCUCAAGAAUGUGAAACUGCCACUAAUACCGCAAGACCAAACGAGCCUGCUGACAACACUUCAGCUCUGAAAACUGUCCAUUUUCUUACAAUAGACAAUGCUCAAGAUGUUUUUGAGAUGAUGUAUGAAGCACGAGAGAAGUGGCGUAACAUUGGAGGAGCCUUCCGCCUUACCCCGUCAACUCUCAACAAUAUUAAUUUAGAAAACCAAAACAGUGAUGACAAACUACGCAAUGUCAUCAUUGAAUGGCUCAAUAGAUAUGGAGGAACUGGAGAUUGCACUUGGACCCAUGUGGCCAUGGCACUGAGAAAUAAAACUGUGGCUCGAGAAGAUGUUGCUCGUGAGGUGUUAGAGCAGCAUCCCCAGCCAUGGAGUGUUCCUCCUCCCUCCCUUCCUCCUCCACACACUUCCCCUGACUCAGGAUCUGGAGCUACUGCAGCUACUCUGAAACCCAGUACCUCCCACCCUGUUGCA